AUGUGCGAAGAAGGGUACGUGGGAGAAGCAGCCGGCUGUACGGAGUGUGAUGCGGGUUAUGGCAUGUCGGAUGCCAGCGUCCUGCUCUGCGUGAAGUGCGCGGAGUCUCCUUGGGUCACAGCUCUCCAGGUGUGUUUCUGGCUGGGGAAGAACAUUCUGAUCUUCGGGCUCGCUGCCAAGAGCGUGCUGGGUGCUUCCCAGGAGGCUAAGUCCAGCAGCAUUUUCCUAAAUCAGUUGCUGAGCUUUGCCACCGUGGCAGGCACCAUAGUGUCAGCCAUGUUGCAGACACCGGCCGGCGAAGACUUGCGCAAUGGAGUCACCGGCGUACUGUUGCAGGCCUUGGGCAUAGUCAUGGACGUUGGCUCCGGCCAGUCAGCAAGCACAGGACAAUCCACGCAAUGUUUGCUUGAGUAUUUUGGCUUGCAGCCGAGCCUCUGGAAAGGCCAGGUGGCUUUUGCAGCCAUGGCAGCAACACUCACAACCGCCUUGGGGGUGGCCAAGGGCUGGCAUGUGGCGAUUCUUGUUGGUAUCAAUUGCUUUUUCCCUUCCUUUCUGGGUCACUUCGGACGUCAACUGGUGUGCUUCCGUCUCGGAGAGCGUGAGGACCUCUACUGCCCACAUGCGCCAGGCAUGGGCUUCGCCUGGGUCGUUGCCGCCAUGACGCUCUCCACGGCUGUGAUCUUGGUGGCCUGGUGGAGGCUCUACAACCACAGCAAGCACAGCAAGAGCGGCGAGAGCGGCGAGAGCGGCGAGAGCGUGGAGCCGCUCCCGGUGCACGUGGUCUUCCUGACGGCACCCUAUGACAAGGCUUUUGCGGCCUGGGAAACUGAGAGGCUGCUCAGGAAGAGCACCUUCACGCUGCUCGCCGCCGUGCUCCCCGUCACCGCCUCCCCCGCGCUGCAGAUGUCAUCCCUGGGCCUGGUGCUCUUGGCGUCCCUGGUUUUGAACGGCAUGCUCCUUCCGUACACAGAGCGGAGGUGGAAUCUGGUGGAGGCUGGGCAGUUGGCAACAUGCCUCGUCCUGAUCUUUGCUGUUGCAGGACUGCUUGCUAGUGAUCCGCACUGGGGACAGAGUAGGACCAUCCAGGUGAUCGUCAUCAUGUUCACAACCUCCCUGGCUGCUGGGAUCUGCUCAGCACUGGCCGGCCUGACCGUCCGUGCUUUCGUGCUGGAGCACAUCGCCAAAGCUGCGAUGCCUGCCAAGAACCGCUCCGCGGAUUAA